UCUUUUUUUUUUCUCUCCUUUCUCUCUGAUUCACAUAAUUACUCUUCCUCGUUCCAUCAUCAUCUCGUUUUUUCCUUUUCUGUCUCUCAGCUUCUUCAAUUUUACAUUGGUUAAUCUUAUGAAAUUCGGAUUUUGUUUUUAUCACACCCAAAAAUUUAUCAGUGGUUUCGAAUUCCGGUGCAAAAGAAAUGAUUACUUUUUUUGGUUUCCGUCGAUUUAUACUUGUGCUGGUCAACGCUUCUCGCCCGUAGAAUGGGCUUGUCGUCAUCAUCACGUCGUGUUCCAUUCCUUUUCGAGAGAGAUCUAUGCGAUUGAUUUGGGAAAUUCUCGUGAGGAGCGUGUGUAAAGAGAGAGAGAGAUUAGACUCUGACAACUAAUUAGUCCAUUGAGGUCGGGCUGUCAAAUUUUGACAGCCCGAGUUAGAAGAACCAAAUGAAGCUUCCAGGACUCGUUACCACUGAAAUGAGAUUGGUAUGCUAGAUUUGGAGUCUAUUGGAUUAGGUUGUGGCCAUCAUGGGUUCUUUGUCUGGGAUUAUUCAACGGCCACUUGUUGCUGCUGCUGCUGUUAUUGCCGCUUCUGUGUCUGCUGAUGUCUCUGAUAAGUUCUCGUCUCUUAGAUCACUAGUUCGAGGUUCUGAAUCAGAGCAGAUUGUUGCUUCAGUGUCCGGUUCAGUUCAGGACGAAAGGUCCUUGUGGGUUUCUCAAAUCCCGUCCUCCAAGCUCGCUAAUCUAUCUUUUGUGUCGAGGAUUCGUGUUCCUGUGCCAAAUGUUGAUCUCCUAGCUCCUAAUCCGAGCUGUAAUCUUGCUCCUUUUGUUACUUCUUUGUCCGCUCUUCGUAGCGUUUAUCAGUCUGCAGAAUUGGCUAAGGCAUCAAAACCAGUGGCAUUCACAGUUGGGGCCUCGCUUGUUGUUCCUGAUGUUUCCUACAGGUGGCAUUUGCCUGAGACUAAUGCAAUCGAUCUGUCUAGUUCCUCGAGUUGUGCCUCUGAAAAGAAUAGAACUGUUGUGGUUUUGCUUGGAUGGCUUGGAUCGAAGCAGAAGCAUCUGAAGAAAUAUGCAGAUUGGUAUACUUCAAGGGGUUACCAUGUCAUCACAUUUACUCUUCCCAUGAAUGAGGUUAUGAGCUAUCAAGUUGGAGGGAAAGCAGAGAAGAACAUCGAGUCGCUGGUUAAUCACUUGGCUGAUUGGUUGGAUGAAGAGCAACAGAAAAAUCUCGUCUUUCACACCUUCAGCAACACCGGAUGGUUAACAUAUGGAGCCAUUUUGGAAAAGUUUCAGAAGCAAGAUUCAUCAUUGAUGGGAAGGGUUAAAGGUUGCAUAGUAGACUCAGCUCCUGUCGCUGCUGCAGAUCCUACGGUAUGGGCAUCAGGUUUCUCAGCUGCGUUCUUGAAGAAAAACAGCGUAGCCACUAAAGGAUAUACAAGCUCAUCAUGUGAGUCAAACAUGGGAGCACGGAUCAACGAGAUAAGUUUCUCAGAGCCUAAACCUGCUGCAACAGAAACAGCUUUGCUUUUGGUUCUCGAAAAGUUCUUCUCGGUGAUACUAAAUCUUCCCAAAGUAAACAGGAGACUAGCUGAUGUUGUAGACACAUUAUCAUCAGCACAACCAAGAUGUCCUCAGCUAUACAUUUACAGUUCUGCAGAUAGAGUUAUACCCGUGGGACAAGUUGAAUCAUUCAUUGUAGAGCAGAGGAAAGCGGGACACGAGGUCCGAGCCCGCAACUUCAUAUCUUCACCUCAUGUAGACCAUUUCAGGAGUAACCCAGAUCUCUAUACAGCUGAGCUCAACCAUUUCAUGAACAAUUGUGUUCUUGCUUGCUGCAAACAUUCUUCAUAGCGACUUCCACAAGUGUUGUUGUUGCUAACUUCUUUUUGGGGUCAUUUUUUAAACUCUAUACAGAGAAGAUAAAAGAAAGAUACUGAUUGAUGAUUCUUUUGGUUUGGAUUGGGUAUAUAGACUAUUUGUUACAGUUAAAAAGAUUGAUUCUUCCCUUGUAAAUGGUUGGAUUUUGUACAUUUAGGAGAAUGAAGAUUCAAGAAAGUGACAUCCUUUGUUUUGGAAUUUGGGCUAUUGAGACACCAAUCGUAAAGUAUUUUGCUCUUUUCGUAAUUUUAAAGAAUUACUAGGGAUAACAUCGCAAU